AAAUACCGAUUUUCUCAACACCACCUGAACGCAGCACUGCGUGGGCGUGUCCGGCUGCAGCUGGUGGGCGUGUCCGGACGCAGACAGGUGUAGAGACUCAAACCUGUGUUGUAGCUGCUUCUCCCUGUGCGUGACAAACGCAACAGGUUUCUGUUUGGUCAAUACGCGCUUUAUUUUUCUUUUCUGCGUCCACUCAAACAUCACUUCAGGUGCUUCUGUGUUUACUUUCUGUGCCGAGGCGUUCCUCUGGGUGCUGCAGGACACUUUGCAGUCGAAAUGAAGUUCAUCCAGUUUACAAUUUGCACUAAAAAACAUUCAACAAUUGGAGGAAUUUUAUUUUUAAGCACCAUGAAUGUGAUUUGAAGAGGAAACACCUGUCUUACCUGCUGUGAACUCUUUAUUGCUGCUAGCUGCUGAGCGACAGUGAAAGUUUAUUAACGAGAGUUUUAACAGCUCAGAGAAGAAGGAGAUUCAGACCAGCUUGUAUUUUUGGACUAAAGAUGGAGUUGACGGGGCAAAGGGCAACGUGUCUGACGCUGCUUUUACUAUUAGCUGCGGUUGUGCACGGUGACUUCGUGGAGCCUCUUCAGCCCGUCACCAAGCUGCGCUCCUUCGCAGAGCAUGAGACCAGACUCCCCUGUCACUACCAGGUGGAGGCGCAGGAGAAGGUGGUGCAGGUCACCUGGUUCAAGGUGCUCCCAGACGGCAGCAAUGACCAGAUCAUCACUGCCCACUUCGUGGAGGGACACACGGAGUUCGGCCGUUACUCCGGCCGGGUGAGGUUUGAGAGCGGCAGCCCCACGCAGAACUCUGCUCUGCUCAUCCCCAGCACCGAGGAGUCGGACGAGGGCAGCUACUCCUGCAAGAUCGCCACCUACCCCAAUGGACUCUUUGAGAGGCACAUCACAGUCACUGUCUGGGUUUUACCCAUCUCGUACCUGGAGCCUGUGCUCCUGGUGGAGGGCCAGUCGUACCGCAUGGCCGCCUCCUGUCGAGCCGUGGGCCGCCCGCCUCCCCGUCUCUCCUGGGACACCGACCUGCCGGGCCAGUCCCAGAACCGCACCAACGAGGGUGGGUCCGUGUCCAGCUACUACUCCCUGCACCCCCUGCGCAGCAUGAACGGGAAAAGACUGGACUGUCUGGUUUGGCAUCCCGGCCUGGAGCAGCCGCGCAGGAUCUCUAACAGCCUGGUGGUUCACUACCCCCCAGACGCCACCAUCUCUGCUGGUACAGAAGACUGGUUUGUGGGUAUGGAGAAGGCUGAGCUGGUCUGCAGCAGUGGAGGAAACCCAAAACCUCAGAACAUCACCUGGACACGGAAAGGAGGAGCUUUGCCAGAUGGGACCUCUGUGGUUGGAGGAAAACUUGUUUUUGGGCGGACCCUCCGCAUGAAUGACAGCGCGGUUUAUGAGUGUGUGGUCAAGAAUGAUGUGGGAGUGGGAAAAGCAGAAUAUAUGUUGACAGUAACAGAGACCUCUAAACGCACGGGCGAGUUGUCAUCAGACAACCUGUUGCUGAUCAUUAUUGGUGCGUCAGCUGCAGCUUUGGUCUUGCUCCUGGUCCUGGUCGUACUACUCGUAAACCGCCACCAUCGACGCAAAAACAAAAAGCUUGAGAUGCAGCUCAGUGAAAAAACGGAGGAAAUUCAAAGCUUCUCCCGUCAAGCCUCCUUCAGGAGACUGAACUCUGUCAGCACUGACCCCAGAGUGCAGCCUGAAGAUUACGCUCUGCUCAGAGUAGACAGCAGAAUGAAAAACAGUGAAAUUUCUCUGGACCGGCCCAUAUACAGGGGCAGCCAGUCCACUCUGGGCGGGAAGUGGGGGCCUUCAGGAGGAGUGGAGGUGGACGAACUGGGACGUCCGGUCGUCUGGCACGAUGGCAGAGAGAGCCUGAGAGGAGCCGAGAUGGACGGAGAGAAGGAGGAGCGCAGGAGGAGGGUGGAGUCAUACCUGAAGAGCAGUAACAUGUCACUGGACUCAGGUCUGCCCUCUUCCCUGGUUCCCCUGAAGGCCCAGCAGGACGAAGGCGUCGGGCCCAAAGAACCGGACCUGGUCCACGUCAGAGAGGUAGACUCCCCACAGGGAGAGGACUGGCCUCCCAGCCCGUCGGUAGCGGAGGGACACGAGGAUGACGAGGACAGCAGCUCCUACCAGCUCUCGGAGGCGCUCACCAAUCACUUCUACUACAGCAAUGGCGUCCUCAGGCCCAGGCCACACUCCAAUGCCAUUCUGCUGCACCCCAGAGGACAGAUCAUCUAGACAGCAGGCUCUCAUCCAAAACAAUGAGAGGACAGAAUGUCUGCCUGCAUUGAAAAUGACCUUAUUCUUUUUUCAGGGGAAGUUUGUUUUGUACACAUUGACUGCAGAGGGUAAUAACCCCCAAGAACAAUCCACAUGUCUAUUUUUUUUUUUACCUCUGGCUUGAGAGUUUUUCAUCCUUUACCCUAACCCUAUGAUACCUGGGAAGAUUUUUAAAAAAUCACUUUUUGGGGCAAUUUAUGCCUUUAUUAGACAGCCAAAAGCGGAGAGAUGGCAAGAAAUGAGGUGAGAGAAGUUUUGGAUCCUCAAGCCACGAUGGCAUGUAAAUUAAUAAUCUUUCUCUUCUUGAAGGUGCAAGGAAUUAAGGUUCCUGUUACACAAUGUUUACUGUAUUAUCUGCAGCACUAAAAAUCUUGCUUCCACUGCUUCUGUGACUUUAAAUUCACAAAGGGAGAGUCCAAAUGACUCCUGACUAUCAACUACAGCCUUCCUUGUUUACAUAAAAAACAUUCAGGGAGAAACAUACGUACAAGGACACAAUUUCUAAGCUGUAAUGCAUGGCCAAGUCAAGAAUUAACUGUACAUAAAGCUAUAUAUUUUCAGUUUGAUGUAAAUAAGAAGAUAAGAAGUUAGUGUGUACUUUGGUGUAUGUAUUAUAUAUAAGGAAGAGCUAUACGUGUGUUUAUGAUUGUCAUUAACUGCCACCUGAGAACCUGAACACAGGCAGACAAAGUUAACUGCUGCACAUCAUGAAUGGACGCAGUAGACUUCAUGACAAGAAAUAAACAGAUUGGAUUAAAAAAAUGCAGAAGAUGAACUGUACAGUCGGUCAGAUGUGUUUAUGUUGUUGUGUAAAUAAUUUUAUAUUCAGUGUUUUUCUAUCAAACCGAAAAACUGACAUGUAAAUGUUGAAAUGUUUAUUCAUAAAAGCACAGCAUAUAA